AUGUCCUCAUUUGAAUCUUUUCUUGAGAGUGACUCAUUUUUUUCGAUUGACUUAACGACAAAAGAGGAUGAAAAGGUGUGGGAAGCAUUUUACAUCAAAAGGCAAAAGAAAACCGACAAAGAGAAGGAAGCUUAUGUCAACACAUGGCUGAAAACAAACGAAGAUGUUUGGAAAGCCAGCACGCUGAGAACUCAUCAUCUCAACCAUAAACGCGAAAGAAACCCGGAGACGAAUCCUCUACGUAAAAAAAUGUUAGAAUCUUUGAACUCUGAUACUUCAACAACAGCUAUUAACAAAAGCGGUGAUACUGCAAACAGUUCACCAAAGAGCGUCACCACAACCAAGAAAAGUACUCGAGGACGAAAACGCAAGGCGAACGACUAA